AUCAGAAUUCCGAUCAAAAUUUUGUAACAAUUCCGUCAAACCAAUGUCCUCCUCCACAACCACCGCCGCCGCCGCCGCUACUUCUUCUUAUACACUAAUGGACUCACUAUUCCAACGGACACUAGACGACCUAAUUAAAGGCAUCCGUCUUCACACAAAUAGCACCUCCCAAUCCACUUUCAUUUCCAAAUCACUUUCCGAGAUCCACCGCGAAAUCAAAUCAACCGAUUUACAAACCAAAUCCACCGCUCUUCAAAAACUCACUUACCUUCAUUCCUUACAUCAUAUCGAUAUCUCUUUCGCCGCUUUUCACGCUAUUGAACUCACAUCUUCCACUUCUUUCUCACACAAAAAAAUCGGAUAUCUCGCCGCUUCGCUUUCCUUCCGUCCCUCGACCGACGUUUUACUUCUUUUAACUAAUCAGUUACGAAAGGAUUUGAAAUCGGUUAAUGAUCAUGAGGUUAGUUUAGCUUUAGAAUGUCUCUCCGUUAUUUGUAAUGUUGAUUUUGCUAGAGAUUUAACUCCUGAGAUUUUUGUGCUUUUGAAUUGUAAUAAGAAUUUCGUUAAGAAAAAGGCGGUUGCGUGUUUGUUAGUUUUGUUUGAUAGGUUUCCUGAUUCGGUUAGGGUUUGUUUUAAACGGUUAGUUGAUAGUUUGGAAAAAGAGGAGGGGAAUAAUUACGCCGUUUUGUCGGCUGCUGUUGGCGUGUUUUGUGAACUUGCGUGCCGUGAUCCGAAAACUUAUCUUCCGUUAGCGCCGGAGUUUUAUAGGAUUUUAGUUGAUUCUAGGAAUAAUUGGGUUUUGAUUAAGGUUUUGAAGAUUUUCGCUAAGCUUGCUAAGUUAGAGCCGAGGUUGGCUACUAAGGUUGUGCAGCCAAUUUGUGAUCAUAUGAAACGGAGUGAGGCUAAGUCGUUGGUGUUUGAGUGUGUGAGAACGAUUGUGACCGCGUUUUAUGAGUAUGAGUUUGCGGUGAAGCUUGCAGUUGAAAAGAUUAAAGAGUUUUUGUUGGAUAGUGAUUUGAAUCUUAGGUAUCUUGGAUUGCAGGGGCUUUUGCUUGUUGCGCCAAAUCAUUUGUGGGCGGUUUUGGAGAAUAAGGAUGUUGUGAUUAAGUCGUUGAGUGAUGUUGAUCGGAACAUUAAGAUGGAAGCGUUGAGGCUUGUGAUGUCGAUGGUUUCUGAAGAUAACGUGGUCGAGAUUUGCAGGGUUUUGAUUGGUUAUGCGGUCAAGUCUGAUCCUGAGUUUUGUAAUGAGAUCUUGAGGUCAAUUUUGUCGACUUGUUCCAGAAAUGUUUAUGAAAUUAUUGUUGAUUUUGACUGGUACGUGUCGCUUCUUGGCGAAAUGGCAAGGGUUCCACAUUGCCAAAAUGGUGAAGACAUAGAGUAUCAGCUGAUAGAUAUUGGUAUGAGGGUUAAAGAUGUUAGACCAGAUCUCGUUCGUGUUGCACGUGAUCUGUUGAUUGACCCGGCUUUGCUUGGGAAUCCUUUUAUUUUUAGGAUUUUAUCUGCUGUUGCUUGGGUGGCAGGGGAGUAUGUUCGCUUUUCAAGGAAUCCCUUUGAAAUAAUGGAAGCACUACUACAACCACGCACUAAUCUCUUGCCACCGUCAAUAAGAGCUGUAUAUAUUCACUCUGCGUUUAAAGUACUGAGCUUUUGCCUUCAUUUUUUCCUUUUUCCUGACACAACCACAAGUUCUUCAUCUUUCUCAAAUCUUGUUGAUAUGGAACCAGGUUUCGUAUAUUCGGAAUCUGAAAAAGAAUUUCCCCAUACAAAUGCCGAACGUUCUACAAUUUCUUCAAGUUUGAGCAAAAAGGAUACAUAUACACGGGAAUCCAUUUUAAAUGUGUUGAAUGUCAUUAUAACAUUUUUAAGCCCCUUGGCUGAAAGCCAUGACGUUGAAAUACAGGAGAGAGUGAGGAACCUCCUUGGUUUAGCCCGGUUGGCACAAGUAGACAUAUUUUGUGAUGGUAAUCAUAAGGAAAAGAUGGUGGAUCUAAAAACUAGUAUUCUCAUCCAGUUGAUCAACGAUGCACUCAUAGAGGAUCUUGGUCCAGUUUCAUUGAGUGCUCAAGAGAGGGUACCUGUUCCAGAUGGAUUAGUACUUGAGGAGAAUCUGAGCACGUUGGACAGCAUAUGUGGAGAUGCUCAGUUACCAACAUGUGAAUCGUUCUCACUCAUAAAAUCUAAUUUCUUACCAAAUGAUGGUGAUUCUCUUUCUUAUCGUCAGAAUGAAGAAGAAGCAGAAACGUCUCCUGUUGAAUCCACAUCUCUGCUUGCUGAACAUCGAAAACGACAUGGACUGUUCUAUCUUCCUUCAGAUAACAGUAAUAAUAAUAAUAAUGCAUCCACUAGUUUCCCGCCUGCCAAUGAGCCUAACAAUGAAGACAAUGAUGUGAAAGAUCUGGCUAAGCUAACAGAAGAAUCUCUGGUGCUAAAAAGGAAGCCAAAUCCAGCUAGGCCAAGGCCUGUUGUGGUGAAACUUGAUGAGGGAGACAGACUCCCUACUGCAAUAACAAAAACUGAAUCAAAUGAUGAUUUGAUCUCUGGAGCUGUGAGAGAUGUUCUUUUAGGAAAUGAAACUUUGUCACAGAGCAAUCAGUCACAUAAGCCAUCAGGCAGAAGAAAGAGCAAAGAUAAAGUGGGUGAUACUGAAACUGGGAGUUCUAGUAAAAGAAGAAGCAAAUCUCGUAAAGAAAAAAAGAAUCAGGAUUCAGCUAAUGUUGAUGAUAAAAAAGAAACAAAUGGUGAAACUAGUAAGCAGAAAAGUGGUGGCAGACAUAAAGUUAGGCAAAGAUCUGAUGGAGGUACCGAAGUGGCUUUUACGAAACCAGUUAUACCAGAUUUCCUUUUAUAGUUUUUGGAUAAGUUGAGUUGAUAUUUCACAAGGUCAGUUUACUUUUUGAGUUCCUGUAUUUUUUCUCCUUGUUUUUUGUAUGCUUGUAUAUUUAAUGUUUUUUGAAGACAUGACUUGUGGAGUUGCUGUUGCCAUAGCAGUAAUUUUGUGUAUAGACAUUAGUGUGAUACGAAUUUAUCAUGAAAAGUUACCAGUUUUUUCUUCGAAAAUAUGUUGACGUUGCUAGUA